AUGAACGGGACUCAAUCCUCGCGCACCAAGCGCAAAGCCUCUUUCUCUCCUCACGACCAUGAUCGCCCACAGAAACAUAUUCGACCAAUUAAUGGAAAGAUGUCGCCGAGCGAGAACACACCCGAUACCGAAUUACCUAGUUUCAUAGAGGACGAUAUUGCCGACGAAGAUAUCUCUAUGCUCUACCCACAAGCCACUGCCGAUACAACAGAAUGGCAAGCUACCAUAGAGAAUGUGGUGAAGAACGUUGUCUCCAUCCGAUUCUGCCAGACCUGUUCUUUCGAUACCGAUGCUGCCUGUGCCAGCGAGGCCACAGGAUUUGUUGUCGAUGCUGAGAAAGGGUAUAUCUUAACGAAUAGACAUGUUGUUGGUGCUGGUCCUUUCUGGGGAUAUGUUGUCUUUGACAACCACGAAGAAGUUGACGCAUACCCUGUAUACCGAGAUCCCGUUCAUGAUUUCGGCAUACUGCGUUUUGACCCCAAAGCUAUCAAGUAUAUGCCCGUAGCGGCUCUGCCGAUUCGCCCGGACUUAGCGAAAGUCGGAGUCGAAAUCCGAGUUGUCGGAAAUGAUGCUGGCGAAAAGCUCAGUAUUCUUUCCGGCGUCAUUAGCCGACUUGACCGUAACGCACCUGAAUAUGGCGAGGGUUAUAGUGACUUCAACACCAAUUAUUAUCAGGCGAACGCUGCUGCUAGCGGGGGCAGUUCCGGAAGUCCCGUGGUCAAUCUCGAUGGCUUUGCUAUAGCCCUUCAAGCGGGCGGAAGAUCCGACGGCGCAUCCACCGACUAUUUCUUACCCCUCGAUCGACCGUUGCGAGCUCUUCGAUGUAUACAAGAGGGUAAACCAAUUGAGCGAGGCACAAUUCAGUGCCAAUUCGUUAUGAAACCCUUUGACGAGUGUCGUCGCCUCGGUCUUACGGCGAGUUGGGAGAAGGCUGUUCGAGAAGCAUUUCCUAAAGAAACCAAUAUGCUCGUUGCCGAGAUCAUACUUCCUCAGGGUCCAUCCCAUACCAAGAUUGAAGAGGGAGAUGUCCUUUUGAAGGUGAACGGAGAAAUGAUCACACAGUUCAUUCGACUUGACGAUAUACUGGAUUCGAACGUUGGCAACACAAUUCAAGUAACCCUUCAACGAGGAGGUAAAGAUGUCGAUAUCGAUAUUGAAGUUGGUGAUCUCCACAGCAUCACCCCAGACCGAUUCGUAACGGUAUCUGGAGCUAGUGUACACAACUUAUCCUACCAACAAGCACGCCUCUAUGGGGUUGCUAUCCAUGGUGGUGGUGUUUUUGUGUGCGAAUCAACUGGCUCUUUCCGUUUCGACAGUGCAGACAGCGGGUGGAUGAUACAGAGUAUCGACCAGAAGAAGACUCCCGACCUCGAGACCUUCAUUGAUGUUGUUAAGCAGAUCCCGGAUAAGAAACGCGUGGUCGUUACUUAUAAGCAUCUUCGUGAUCUUCACACUCUGAACACAACUAUCAUCAAUGUCGAUCGACAUUGGUCGGCGAAGAUGCGGUUGGCAGUGCGGAAUGAUGUGACCGGGUUGUGGGACUUCAAGGACAUCGCUGAUGCCUUACCUCGUCGACCUCCAGCGCGCGUCAAGUGUUCCUUUAUUCAACUGGAGCACACAUCUCAUCCGGCUGUUGCCGAUUUAGUCCGCAGCUUUGUACGUGUAGGCUGCACUAUGCCUCUUAAGCUGGAUGGGUUUCCUAGAAAUCGGAAAUGGGGAAUGGGCUUAGUGAUCGAUGCUGAUAAAGGCCUAGUGAUCAUUUCGAGAGCAGUCGUCCCUUAUGACUUGUGUGAUAUAUGGAUUACAAUUGCCGACUCCAUCGUUGUCGAAGGCAAGGUUGUCUUCAUGCACCCACUCCAGAAUUACGCAAUUAUCAAGUACGACCCAGCCCUUGUUGAUGCACCAGUCUUGAGCGCUCGGCUUAGCAAGGACAGCAUUGCGCAAGGAGCUUCUACGACAUUUAUCGGAUAUAAUAGAAGUGGCCGAAUUGUGCAUGCUGCUACCACGGUUACUGAGAUGACAACAGUUGCCAUUCCUGCUAACUCUAGCGCUCCAAGGUACCGGGCCACUAACAUCGACGCUAUAACCGUCGAUACAAAUCUAAGUGGGCAAUGCGGCAGUGGAGUUCUCGUCGAUAAGGAUGGCACAGUCCAAGCCUUAUGGCUCACCUACCUCGGCGAGAGGUCCUCUGGCUCCCGAGAUGAAGAGUAUCAUCUCGGUCUCGCUACACCUACUCUAUUACCGGUCUUAUCCCAGAUCCAGGAAGGCCGUGACCCCAAAUUGAGGAUGCUACCGAUGGAAUUCCGGCCUAUCGCCAUGUCUCAAGCCAGAGUUAUGGGCAUCUCUGAUGAUUGGAUAGAGAAGGUAACUCUAGCCAACAAACACAACCAUCAAUUGUUUAUGGUUUCGAAAUGCACCUUCGAACGCGAUAAUGGACCCGUUGUCUUACUCGAGGGCGAUGUUAUUUUGACUCUGAACGACAAGAUCGUCACGCGUGUCUCAGAACUCGACGUGAUGUACUCACAUGAGGUUCUUGAUGCAGUGAUUGUGCGAGAGAGCAAGGAGAUGCGCCUUCAGGUCCCAACGUCCCCGGCGAAUGAUGUGGAGACCAACCAUGCUAUUUCGUUCUGUGGAGCUGUACUUCAUGUUCCUCAUCUCGCGGUCAGGCAGCAGAUUAGCAAGCUACCGAGUGAGGUAUAUGUCUCUGCUCGAAGCAGAGGUUCACCAGCUAAGCAUUAUGGACUUGCACCAACCAACUUUGUCACCCACGUCAACGGCGAACCAACCCCGGAUCUCAAGACCUUCUUGGAACACGUGAUAAAGGUCCCGGAUAAUACUUAUUUCCGAUUGAAGGCUAUGACAUUUGAUAACCAACCUUGGGUCAUCACGAUGAAGAAGAAUGAGCACUACUUCCCGACUGUGGAGUGGAUCAAGGACGGCUCAGAGCCGUGCGGCUGGCGACGUGUUACAUACGAGAGCGGCAAGCCUGUCGAGGGCGAGCCAACAGAGGGAAUCCUACCUCUGCAAGACGGGGAGGAUGCCGAGGCUAUUGACGACGACGGUGGUAUUUAG